AUGUCGUCUCUUCUCCAUCAACGUCCACUUCACAACACUCUCACAAACCCUUCCUCCUUAUCCCCUCGAUCUCCCUCCGAUUUCCCAAAACCCUCAACAAUCUUCAACCGAACAAGCCUCUUACUGCUCUUAUCACUCCUGGUAAUUCUGGGAGUCUUCGUUCCAUGGAUUGGGUUGCCUCAAGGCCUGUUCACAAGUUCUCGAGUCUCAAUCUCCAAAUGGAAAGACUACACGUUGGCUGAGGCAGUGGCGAAUGUGGCGAAGAAUGGGACAGUUGUGGUGUGUGCGGUGAGUCAGCCUUACUUGCCGUUUCUGAACAAUUGGUUGAUUAGUAUUGCGAGGCAAAAGCACCAUGAGAAGGUGCUUGUGAUUGCUGAGGACUAUGCGACUCUUUUUAAGGUCAAUGAGAAGUGGCCUGGCCAUGCCGUGCUCGUGCCGCCCGCACCGGAUGCUCAGACUGCCCAUAAAUUUGGGUCUCAGGGAUUCUUCAAUUUUACCUCCCGAAGGCCUCGCCACCUACUGCAAAUAUUGGAGCUUGGAUAUAAUGUUAUGUACAAUGAUGUUGAUAUGGUCUGGUUAGCGGAUCCAUUUCCUUAUCUGCAAGGGAAGCAUGAUGUAUACUUCACAGAUGACAUGGCUGCAGUGAAACCUUUGAACCAUUCUCAUGCUUUGCCACCUCCAGGGAAAAAGGGGCGGACUUACAUAUGCAGUUGCAUGAUUUUUUUGCGCCCAACUAGCGGAGCAAAACUGGUUAUGAAGAAGUGGAUUGAAGAACUUCAAGCUCAGCCAUGGUCUAAAGCAAAAAAAGCAAAUGACCAGCCUGCUUUUAACUGGGCAUUAAACAAAACUGCAGGACAGGUGGAUCUAUAUCUGCUCCCACAGGCAGCAUUUCCUACGGGAGGGUUAUACUUCAAGAAUCGGACAUGGGUUCAGGAAACUAAGGGAAUGCAUGUUAUCAUUCAUAACAACUAUAUAACAGGUUUUGAUAAGAAAAUAAAGCGCUUCCAUGAUUUUGGCCUCUGGUUGGUGGAUGAUCAUGCACAUGAGUCCCCCCUUGGCCGAUUAUAGCAAGCCGGACUACCACUUUUCAAUGGAUAAGUUGGUGAAGCUCUAGCAGCCUUCCUCGAGUUACAUUGCCAUUCCAAUUGCUGUUGAGCUCAUUUUUUGCCCAUUGGCUCCGGAUACGUGUUGAAAUUACCAUUCAGCGAACAGCGAAAGGAACUCUUCAUUUGGUCAUUUCCAUUCUUCGAAGCACGUUGGAUCAUCAUUCCCUAACCUCUCUGCAAUUUUUCUCCUUUGAUAUUUUUUCCUUAAUUAUGUAUGAGUUUUUUUGUUUCUUUUUGAAUUUUCAGAACUGCUUUAAUAUCUAAUUCAUUCAGCCAAUUCUACCUUGGUGUUAUCUUUA